CCCCUCACCCCGCGCAGUGAUGCCCGGCGCAAAUCGCCUUCCCUACGGCGGCAAGUACAACCGUCGACCAGAAUGGGCGGAUCGCAUCGUCAAACGCUCCAAGCGCCACGCCCACUCUCUGGUCAGUUUCGCCGCUCGAAUGGGCAUCGACCUCGUCAAACUCAUCGACAUCAGCGACCCAGCGGGACAAGUAGCAGCUGCGCACGACCUCAUGCACGCAGACUCCAUUUGGCGAGGCCUCGAUUCAGAGACGGGACACUCAGUCUUCCUCCCCAACGGUACGGUUGUGGGCAAAGGCGAGGAUGGACUGCCUAGACUAAUGGAUUAUGCAAGCUCAGGGUUCCCCUACGGCAAGACGCCCGUGCGAGGAGUCAAUAUCGGUAACUGGCUCGUCGCCGAGUUCUGGAUGGACCCCGGCUACAAUCAACCCCUCAACGACCACGCCAUCAAUGCCCCCUACCCAAACGCCAUCGUCGACGAAUGGACCGCCGGUCAAUACUCCCCCUAUCGCUACCAGGAGGAAGUCUUCAAGGGCCACUACGAGUCAUGGUUCUCCCGCAACGAGAUGCGCAAGAUUGCCCAAGCGGGUUUCAACCACGUUCGCCUCCCCAUCGGCUUCUGGGCCUUCGGCGAGACCAACCGUGGUAACGAGCCCUACCGCACCUUCAAUCAGUACAGCAAGCUCAUCGAGGCGUGCGGCUGGGCGCGUGAGUUUGGCCUCAAGGUGUGGAUCGACCUGCACGGCGUGCCGGGCAGUCAGAAUGGGUUCGACAAUUCCGGGCGUAGCGGACCCAUCGAGUGGACAAACGACCCCGACAACAUCAGUCGAACCAAAUACGCCUUCUCGCGCCUCGUCAAGACGUUCAAUGGCCCCGAGUGGCAAGGCACAGUCACCGCCUUCGAAGCCAUCAAUGAGCCUCAAGGCCACAAUGCUCGCGUGCUGCGCGAGCUCCAAAACGACUAUUACCCUUACAGCCUCGGCGUGGUAAAGGACAACGCGCCAAGCCGCCUCCAGGUGACGCACGAUGCCUUUAUCACGCCUAAAGCGUGGGAGAACUACUACUCCAAGUCCGACGCCAAGAAGGUCAUCCUCGACACUCACCAGUACUUCAUCUACAGCGACUCGGAGCACGACGCCGACGACUCGGUGCGUAUCCGCGAGGUGUGCGCCUUGCGUGGCUCCCUCGCACGCAGUGCGCAACACUACGCCACCAUCGUGGGCGAGAUGAGCGUGUGUGCCCCUCAAGGCGACAAUGGGAAACAUCGCGACUUGCCCGCUGGCAAGUUCCACUUCACUCGCCCAGCGGACCAAUACCGCUACUCGAAGCGAUACAUGGCCUUCCUGGCUUGGAACUUCCGUACGCAGCAGGCCGUCUUUGAGCAGAGGGGCAAUGGGUGGAUCGCAUGGGCUUGGAAGAACAAGGCGUUCCGUGAUUGGAGCGUCACGGAUGGGAUUGCCGAUGGGUGGUGGCCUAAGAAUACGGCAGAGUAUGAUAACAAUCCGUUGGGUGGGGAUGUGGAUGCUGUUUGUAGGCAGGUGGGCGCGUGAGCCUAGCGUGUCAGCAGCACCGCGAGCGCAUCGAUACUCACGACACGACACGACAAGACGACGACUGUGAUACCUCAUUCUCCUUCUCUUCUCCUCGCCUCGCCUCGCCUCGCCUCGCCUCGCCUCGCCACGCCACGCCACGCCACGCCACGCCAUGCUUGCUACAAUCUUUUCCCUCUCAAUGACCCAUACCAUUUAUGUCUUGCCGCCC